GAAAUGCUGUGAGGGCUUUCGUUUCGUCAUGGGCCAGUGCAUACCUGAAAGUGUGGAUGUGUGUGCUGGCUCCCCCUGUGAGCAGCAGUGCACUGAUAACUUUGGCAGGGUGGUCUGCACCUGUUACCCUGGUUACCGCUUCGACCGGGAGAGACACAAAAAACACCUGCAACCCUACUGUCUGGACAUUGAUGAGUGUGAGGAGUCCAACGAUACGGUUUGUGACCACGUGUGUGAGAACACUCCUGGAAGCUUCCACUGUCGCUGCCUCAGUGGCUACAUCCUGGCUCCAGACCAGAGCUCCUGUGUGCCUACACACAACCUGACUGGCCCUGGUAAGCUGGAUCCUCUGAUGAGCUCCGGCUCCUGCUCCGUCACCUGCCAGGACAUCAUCAGCAUGCGCAACAGCCUGCAGCAGCUCAAACUCAGACUGGCCUCACACUCACCUGCACAGGCCCUGACUCCUGGCCUGGCCAACAGCAGUGAUAAGCCCUCUGUGGGGAGGACAGGGAAAGGGCAGGAGCUCCACCCAGCAGCUGGCCUGCCUGGCUCACCUGGGUCGCCCGGCCUGCCAGGGCACCCAGGAGAGCCGGGGGAGAAGGGUGAGCCAGGGGCCAGGGGCCCUCCUGGUCCUCCGGGGCCUCGGGGAGACAUGGGGCCCAUGAGCCCGCAGCCCGACCUGGAGCACGUGAAGCGGGGCCGCCGGGGGCCAGUGGGACCUCCUGGAGCGCCAGGGAGAGAUGGACUAAAGGGAGACCGCGGUUCGCCGGGCUCCAGAGGACCUCCGGGGCCACCAGGGUCCUUUGACUUCCUGCUUCUGAUGAUGGCAGACAUCCGCAACGACAUCAUCGAACUGCAGGAGCACGUCUUCGGGAAGAGGCGGGACCUAUCACUGGACAGCCCGCCCCAUUCCAGUGGAGAGGCGGGGAUUGGAGACUGGGGCUCAGGGCAAGGAGAGCUCAUAUUCAACACCUGACCACCGUACUCGCCGCUGCCUAUUGGACAGCGAUCCUGCCACUCAAAAAAGUCAGAGGGAACUGACUGACUGACUUUGAGUUCUGCGCUCCUGCAACGCUUUGCCUUUAGACCCACAAUGCCAAUGGUUUCAGUGCCCUCAGGCCUGCGGAAGAGGCUCUGUAAUGGACUCCAGAGGGAUAGACUGAGAGACGGAGAGAUAAAGAGAGGGAAGGAGGGAGAGAGGGAGAGAGGGAGGGAUACAGGCCUUAAAGGAUGGGUGAAAAUGAGAUGUGUAUGCUGCUGCUACUCUUUGCUGCCUCUGUUUUUGGCCUUUAUCUGAUGACCCCUGUGAGAGAGUGUGUGUAGGGGGGAUGAGCAGGAGGCUGUGUGUGUGUGUCAGACCUGUGUGACUAUCCUCUGUGUCUAAAAGACUUCAGAUCUCCUGUUUGAGAUUUCCAUGUGUCAAUCAACACGGUCCUCUUUAAAUCGCCUGUGAGGAAAUGCAAAUAUUACAAAACGAUAGCCAGAUAUGUAUCGGAAGGGAAAGUGCACAAAAAUCUUUUUCAUGAAAAAAAGAGAUAGUGUUCAUAUCCUGCAUUGUACUGUUUUGCAUAGAUUACUGACGUGUGUGUGUGUGUGUGUGUGUGUGUGUGUGUGGGUGCGUGAGUGUGUGCGUGUGUGUGCGUGCAUGUGUGUGUUUGAGUGUGUGUGCGUGUGUGUGUGUAUGUGCAUGUGCGUGCAUGUGCAUGUGUGUGUGUGUGUGUGUGUGUAUGCGUUAUAGACCUUUAUCAUCUACCCAUAUCCCAUACAGAUCCAUUCACAGCUUAGCCUAUAUGACAUUGACGACACUGUUUAGUUAAACAAAUGUAGCACAAACACAAUUUAACUCAAUUUAGUCCGACAAACAUUAGGCUGUAUGACAGUUUCCAAGUGGCCCAGGUAGCUCAUCCAUGGCCUGUAUGAAACAAAUGAAACAAAGAAGGAACGUCUUUAUUACAGAGAGCACAACAAACCUUAUUUUUAAUUAUUCUGUCCUCAGCUUUUCCUGCACUCUCUGUGUCUACACCUGACCAGCUGUGGCAAAACGCAAAUGCCGAAUAUUUUCACGUUUAGAGGCAGUCAGUGAUGAUUUGAAAAGUAGCGAGGACAUUUUAUGUUGAUUGAAGCGCCUUUAGGUGAUAUUUGACUAAUCUGUUUAAAUAUUUUUUUAUAUGUUUACUGACUCAUCCUCAAAUUACCCAAAUAUAAUUAAAAAUAUUUUUGUCUGACUUG